GAGCUAUGUCUUGUCUACACGUCCACAAACCCAUCAGCAUCAUAUUUCCAGUAUCAACAGCCAUGGUUAGCGCAUUGCUCCAGGUGCUCACCGCCGUCGUUGCUGCCGCCGUUCAUGUCGCCGCCUUCGACCCCAACCCUCUCCAAGACUUCUGCGUCGCCGACUCUACAUCCAAAGUGCGCGUGAACGGUGUCCCGUGCAAGGACCCGGCGACCGUGUCCGCGGACGACUUCUUCUUCGCCGGCGUCGACCACCCGGGCGGCGGCACGGCGAGCCGCCGGUACGGGUUCACGGCGCUGCCCGUGCAGAUCCCUGGCCUGAACACGCUGGGCGCGUCGCACGCGCGCGUCGACGUCGCGCCGGGGGCCGUGUUCCCGCCGCACUACCACCCGCGGGCGUCGGAGACGGCCGUGGUGCUGGACGGCGCCGUCUACUUCGGCUUCGUCACGUCGUACCCGGACAACAAGGUCUUCGCCAAGGUGCUGCGCAAGGGGGACGUCUUCGCCGUGCCGCAGGGCCUCGUCCAUUUCCUCUACAACAACGGCACGGCGCCGGCGGCGCUGUACGCCACGCUCAGCAGCCAGAACCCCGGCCUGGUGCUCCUCGGCGACGCGCUCUUUGGAUCUGGCCUCGCCGACGACCUCCUCGCCAAGACGUUCCUUACCGACAAGGAGACGGUCGGCAAGAUAGGAGUCAAGUUCCGGUCGUAGUAGAACGCCGGCGGAUAUGAAGUUUCGUUCGCUGAAAUUUUUAUCCAUGCCAUUUGACAUUUGCAAUAAACAUGCGCACGAAUUACUCCGACUGUUUACCAGAAGAAAGAGUUAUAAAAGUCUGGUCAAUGUCAUUUUAA